UCCAGUCCUGGCAGCAUGGAGAGGAUGGUCAUCUGUCUAAUGGUCACCUUCUUGGGGACACUGGCCCAUAAAUCAAGCUCCCAAGGGCAAGAUCGUCUCAUGAUUAGAAUGCGCCAACUUAUAGAUGUUGUUGAUCAGCUGAAAAAUUAUGUGAAUAACUUGGACCCUGAAUUUCUGCCAGCUCCACAUGAUGUAAAGAGACACUGUGAGCAGUCAGCUUUUUCAUGUUUUCAGAAGGUCCAACUAAAGUCAGCCAAUACUGGAGACAAUGAAAUGAUAAUCAAUGUAUUAAUAAAGCAGCUGAAGAGAAAACUACCUCCCACAAAUGCAGGAAGACGACAGAAAUACAAACUAACAUGUCCUUCAUGUGAUUCUUAUGAGAAAAAACCACCCAAAGAAUUCCUAGAAAGACUGAAAUCACUUCUCCAAAAGAUGAUUCAUCAGCACCUCUCCUAG